AUGGCUACCUCCUUCCAACCCAAUGUGCACUACACCUUUGGCUCUCCCCUCUCCCCUAACUCACUAUUUGGCCCUCGCCGCGUGUCAAGCAUCCUAGAACACAACAAUGGGCCUAACGGACCUAUUCAGUCUCCUCCAUCCAGAAGAAGCUCGAGGAAGUCGAGUUCUGGAGAGGUUUCGCAACUUGCGAAUGUUGUUGAUUCCCUCACUCGUCAAACUACGGAUGGAAUGGAUGCUGUUCUCUCAACAAAGCUCAUGAAUGCCACUUACCCAGUCCUCUUGGACUUCAUUCGCACUGAACGAAUGAGUAAGCUACCCCCCGAAGGAAGUAGUUACGAUAGGGUCCUGGUAUGGGCGUCCUUGUUCGUGGAACGCCUCCAUUCCUUCGAAUUAGCUAUCGAGGAAUUUGCCGGAGAUAGUCCCAUGGCUGCACAGCUCGCUUAUGGGCAUUGUGCAGUUUUGCUGGAGCUUGGAGAAGAAAAUGCUUCGGCACUUAUGCUCCUGUUUGGAUUCUUUUGCAGUUGCUCAACGAGCCUGGUGAAUCUUCUGGACCGCGUCGAGUUGUUCUCCGUUUCCCAGGAUAUCAAGGACCAGCUCGUACUCGCGUUGGCCGACCUGGUCACCUUGGUAGUAUCCGUUGCGACCCACUUCCAUAAGUCAAUCAAGACCCUUACCUCGGAAACUGUGUCUAUUGAUAUAUAUGGCACAUUCCCUGGUCCAAUCGAAAGCUUUCGCAAUCGCUGCCAGCAUGUUUCGGAGUCGAUGUGGAGACAUCAACUCACUCGCGAAGGCCUUGGGGGAGAUAAAGUGUCCAACGUAAAAUCUAUCCAACACUGGCUCGAACCUGAAGACCCUGUUCUUGCCAACAUGGUGGAUUCCAUGGCACACCUCGCUCAGGAACGAGAGGAACUAACUUGCCUCUGGUUGACGCCCUAUUUGACUCGAUUUAUGAAGGGCGAUCAAAGGAAACUUGCGAUCAGUGGCAAGACCGGAUCCGGCAAGACCAUAGCCUCCUCCGUCAUUGCCGAUAACCUGCAGUAUCCUAUUGGAGGAGUCAGAUAUACGUCAGUUUACGUGCCAAUCAAUGGACGUGUUUCUGCAAGAACAUCAUCACGCGCGAUUGUCGAAACUAUUCUCCUCCAGAUAUUCAAUAAGCGUAUCGGAAAUGUUCGUCUUUAUCAGAUUCUUGCGGAAGCGCAUGAACGUUGUCAGAAGACGACGGAUGAAGAGACAUACGACAAUAUUCUCUGGACCGCUCUUGGUCAUGCCCUUGAAUCAAGCCUGAAAGGUGCCAAAGAUCUGGUACUCGUUAUUGACGGCUUGGAUGAAGCGUCCUGUGGGGAGCAAGUCCUGUCUCAGCGCCUGAACGAGGCCACAGCAAGCAAUGUCAAGCUUAUUACACUCGGCUCCCAGCAGCACACUACAACUCCGGAUCAAACUGGCCUUCGCGUCACGCCAGACCUUGUUUUUGACGAUGUGGCGGCAGUGGUCCGGAGUGUGCUCCGACGCAGUCAUGCUUUCACGCAAAUGUCAGAGGCCAAGCAAGAAAUUGGUGUGAACCGAAUCACUCAAGCUGCCGAUGGUUCAUUCCUGUGGGCGAAGCUUGUCGCCAAACGGGUGGUUGGAGAGAGCCCCCACAAUGCGCAGGCUUUUUCGAAGGCUGUAGAAAGCCUUUCCAAGCCGGGACAGACUAUCACAGAUCUUGUAUCUCCCAGCCUGUCGUCUAAGACGUUGAGCGAGGAUGGAAGGAACGUUCUGGGCUGGCUCGCUUCUGCUGCUCGUCCUCUUUCCCAAGAAGAGCUCUCAUCCCUUCUGGCCAUUCAAGUUGACAAGGGCAUCAUUAGAGAACAGAGCACGGACAUGUCUCAGAUCCUCAAACCUGUCAGCUCAUUGGUGUUCUUCCAAAACGAUCUUGUGUAUCUGCGACACGCCGAAAUCAAAGCGGCUAUUGUAGAGGUUCUGGCUCAUGGCAAACCCUCGCAGGGCGUGAAAGAUCGAAACCUUGACUUGGCGCAACGGUUGCUGGUGUAUACCAAGAAUCAGGUCACCAGGAACCAGGAGCCGUCUUUGGCCUCUUUGGAUUCUCAUCUCACUCGAGGUCUGCUGGAAAAGCAUCCCUUGCUUGAUUUCGCCUUGCGCUACUGGAUUGACCUCACGAAGAAUGCUCUUACUUGCAACACCGAGAGCGAGAUCACAAGUGCAGCAAAAGAACUUCGUAAUGUUAUUCCUACUUGCACGGCUAUUCCUCUGUUGGAGACGACGGUCUGGGAGACGAAACCAACGCCAGUCCUGAUGUCCUUGCAUGACGUUCAAACUCGCCUGUAUCAGCACAUUCUCACCCCAAACCAUCCCACCACCCUGCAAGCGAUCUUGUGUCAGGCUCUCUUCUACCGAGACAUCUAUGAAUCCGCUCCGUCCAAAACCACCUGGCUCUUCUACUAUGCCACCAAGAUCAGUCAAGAUGUUCUGUCGGUCAGCCACCUCGUCACAAUGCAGAUUGCUAAAAGCUUUCUGGACAUUACCGCGGAGCAAAUAACAGACUCGAAAACAGAGAUCAUGGUCAAGCGUGUGGAGAUCAUCCAGGUCCUGGUUGAGUGCUACAAGAUCCAUUAUGGAUCCACGAGUGAAAUCACUCUCACCACGAUGAAUGAGUUAGCAGAGCACUACCAGCUCAUCAAGGACGAGAAGAAAGCGCAGGAGAUCACCAAGGAGGUCCAAAAAGCUUCCACCGUGGCCGACUCCCACUGGAGCGCCUCCCGACAGUCCGACGACUCUCUGCGUGUGCAUCUGCACGGUCGCCAUGCCAAGCACACUGUCACGGGCGUAGCGCUUGAUUUGAAUGACAUAGAAGAGGAUGAGUUGAUCGAAUCCUCUGCUCAGUAUGACCUCAAAUCUCGGAUCGCCCAUGCGGAGAGGCAGGUUUCGGAAGGCAAUGUUCCAGCCGCUGAGCGCACAUACGUCGAAACAUGGCAGCAAACCAGUGCUCAGUAUCGACGACAUCGCUCUGCCGAAUGGGAGCUGAAGAAUGCCCAGGCGGUGCUGGCAUUUUCCAAAUUCUUGCAGUCUCAGGGCAGGAGCAACGAAGUUGCGUCUGUUCUUUCGGGAUUCUGGCAGGAAUAUGACCGAACCACAUCGAACUCAGAGGCCGUGGUCUCGCAGUUUGUCGAGGUCGCAAAAGUCAUGAAGUCGGUCGGCCUGUCCGUGUUGGCUCUUGAUGUCUUCAAGAGCUGUUCCCAGUUCUACCGGAGCUCCGGCAACUAUCAGAAUGCCACCUACAAGAGCAUCCAACAGAACAUUCAGUCCACAUCCAAGGAUGUGAUGCAGCUGGCAGGUUCGUCCAAGUCAACAAUUUCCGAGAGGACCUUAAAAGAGAUUGUCUACAGCGAUUCAUUUGAUCAAUCGUCCGUAUCGGCGGCCAACACCCUUGUUGAGACCUAUAUUUCUCAGCACAGAUGGCACGAUGCUACCAAGACUUUGAAAAAGGUGCUACAGGUCAUCUGGCCGGCAUUCUUUGCCCCGUCUCUGCAGGAUGUCGUACUGCCGGCUUCCCAGGUUGAUCAUUGCGUCGCGCUAGCAGAACGAUUGGGCGACUGCUAUCGUUCCAGACGGCGACCCGCAAAGGAGGAAGACAGCCGACAUCGGCUUUACCACGCGGUGCGACACGACCGUCAACCGGGCGAUAAGAUGCUUGACCGGACGACGACCGCCCUGCUCCGCGUUUAUGAGCGUACUUCUCAGGCGGAGAAGCAGAUCGAGCUACACAAAGAAUUGCUAGAUGACUAUACCAAAAGCUACGGCGGUGAUCAUCCGACAGUCAUCAAGAAGCUCUGGACCUUGGCGGAGCUUAGCCCCAGCCCGACUUCCGUUGAGUACUACCGACGCAUUGUGCAAGCACUCAAUAAGGACUCAGAUACAUGUCACCCAGAUGCUUUCGAACCCCUCCUUCUAGUGUCCAACGAACUCUGGAACCACGGGCGGUAUACGGAAGCAGUGCCGCACUUUAAGGUCAUGUUCAGUGCCCUACGCAAUUCCAAGAUUAGCCCGAAGCUUCAUGAUCAGGUCUUUGUGCGGACCAUGUUCAGUCGCUACGUCCAAUGUCUACGUGCGACUCAAGCCAAUUCCAGCGUCCUCCAUGAUGUUGCUUCACAGUAUCAUCAUGCCUGUAGGUCUUUGUUUGGCUCGUCGGCAUCCAUUAGCGUUCAGGCAACCAUGACAUUCGCCAAUAUUUGUCAAGAGUCCAAGCGAUACGAGACUGAGGCCGUUCGUCUUUACGAAGAGCUUCUCCAGAUCAAAUCUGAUGAAGUGGAUCACCACGAUGUCAGAGCCACAUUGGAAGCGAUUUACGAGGAACAGGCGGCCGCUGUAGCCACGAAAGCCGAGACCGUCAGCUCUGAGCAGAUGGCUCGGGUGGUCUCUAUCCGAAACAGACGUCUGUCAUCGGUUCGUUCGAACUACGGGUGGGCCCAUGAAGAAUCCCUUUCUGAGAUGCAGGAUUUGGUUUCUCUCUAUUCCAAGAGAGGGCAAUCUCAGGCAGUCCUUUCAUUGCUCCGUGAGGGUACUGUGCAGACACUGUCUACCGAGAAGUCAUCAACCAGAUUGACAGACGCGGCAAAGAGCAUUGCGUCCAGCUAUAUCGCCUCGGGUCAGGUUCAACAGGCACGGGAGCUCACUCAGGAGCUGUACCGGCAGAUCAUUGCCAAAGAUACGAGCAACGCCAGGUCUGUGAGCUUCGACUUGUCGUCCAAGCAACGCGAGAGCCUUGUGUUCCUCGCUCAGAUGGAAUAUAGCCUGCGUGAUGAUUCUUCGGUCACGUUCAACGAGAUAUUUUCGUCCCUGGCUACAGAGUAUCUCUACUACGAACAAUUCCGCACUGAGUUGUCUUCCAAGUCCAGCACCGUUCAAAGCGUGGUCACCUGUGGAUCUCGCCUCUACGGAUUUCUUCUAUCCCGAGGCCGUCAGUGGAGCGCGUCCCGAGUUGUUGACCAAUGCACCGCAUACUUCCUGUCCACCGAGGGCAAGAGUUACGCCACUGCGACGCAGGCGAACGCCUUCAUAACCACUUUGCUGACCUAUUUCACUACGCGUUGGUCAUAUGACUUCCUCCGCUCCGUCGCCAUCGCCAGCUAUGAGCAGGUCAUCCAGCUUCUCUUCAAGCAGCAAUACCAAGCAGCCUGCGACGAAGCACUCACUGCAUUCCACUACCUCCAAUCCCACGAUGGCUUCGCCUCCACCACGAUGAUGAAGCUCGGCUUCAAGCUUGGUCUAGCCAUCUCCGGUCGCGACAUCUCAUCGUCCCUCGACCGCUCAACCCAGCAAACCAUGCUCAACAGCUCGUCGACCAUCAUGCACGAGAUCAUGUCUCUGUUCAAGGCCCGGCAGAUCGACCUGACACAACUCGACCUGACCAACCUCAACAACCUCAUCGGCCUGCUCGACGACCAACACGACUACCAGAACCUCGCUUGGGUGCUCACCUCUCUCUGGAACAACCGCGACACCCACAGCACCUCCCAGCCGAAGUAUGUCCUUGCUCUCGGCCGCAUGUUGAUCAUCACCCGCUACCUGGUCGGCGAUUACUCCGGCGCAAUCCGCCUCGCGGAAGACAUCGUCUACAACUGCGCCCGAGUCCACGGCCCCCGCCACCCGGCGACCAUCGAAAUGACCGUCCUCCUAUCCCAGAUGUACACCAGCGUGGCACAGGGCUACCAAGGCCACAAGGAGAGCCGCGAGAUGGCCUUCCGCUACUACAAGAAAGCCGCAUCGCUGCAUGAAAACGCUCUCCGAGUGUUCGUCGACCCAACCAUCUCCGCUGACCUAGACGAGGGGUUCGAGUCGGGAUUCGCGUCCCCCGGUCGCUCUCCAAGCCCCGGCAGCGAAGACGACGAGGGCAAAUACGUGCGCCAGCAUCUGCACCUGUUGAAGUUGGCCGUGGAGCGACUGGGCGAGUGGCCGAAGGAGUACUCGGAGUAUGAGCGGCUGAGCUCGGACGUGUUCAAGGCGUAUAAGCAGGAUCUAGACGGCGUGGAGGGCGUGGAGAAGUGGAAUUUGAAGAAUUUCGGGUCCGGGCGCGCUGAGGCCGCGGAUGAUUUGAUCAUGGCGAAUAGUACCGGCGCCAGCAGAGGUGUUCCGUCGUAUCAGGAGCAGCAUGCCAUUGCUGUUUGA